AUCACACUCAAGUUCUCCCAAGAGUUGGCACAAACAAAAAAAUCAUCAACUUUCAUCCUUUUCAGCCGAUUCCUCUAAUCUUUUCUAAAUGAAUAAUUUUUUAACUGAUUUAACUCUUGAGAAGAAGGAAUGGUUUGUAGUUGUUAAGAUCUUGAGCAUUUGGAAUCAUCCUCCCAAGCAUCCCAAUGAUCACACUACCAUGAUUUUGGUGGAUAACAAGGGUACCAGAAUUGAUGCUGUGGUUCCUCCAAAUUCAUACAAAAGGGAUUUUCCUAGAAAUCUCAAAGAAGGAGAGUGGUACUUUCUUUGGGAAUUUGAUGUGAUCCCACCUUCAUUGUGUGAAAGGAACUCUAAUCAUCCUUACCAACUUAGAUUUAACAAGAAGACAACUAUGGCUCACUACAAACAGAAAUACACUUCCGAAUUCCUGCAGUGUCUUGCUUUUCCAAGGAUCAAUAAUCCAUCAGAAGAAGAUAAGCAAUUCGUUGUUGAUGUAGUUGGAGUGGUUAGGAGUGUCUCUCCUAUUGGAAGACUACUUGAAGGAGGCAGUGAUUUGGAUUCAAGCUAUGUUACUUUCAAAUUAAAGGACCUUGCUGGCCAUUCCAUUAAUUGUGUUGCAAAAGGAAGUUUCUGUCAAGAAUUUGUUAGGAAGUAUUCCAGAAGAAUAAGUGAUGUGAAUUAUCACAAUCAACCAAUCAUGGUUGUUCUGCGUUUUUGGAGGAUAUCAGAGUUUGGAGGUAAACCUUGCUUGAUUACGAAAGGAGGUUGUCCAAGAAUGUUCAUCGAUGAAAAUUUCGCUGACAUUAACAGAGACUGCUACAUCUGCUUUUUCACUGCUGGAAAUAAAGAAACAGCAUCCUCAGAUAAUGACAAUGUUUCUGAUGAAGAGGGUGAUUCUAACUAAGAUUUGCAGCUGUGUGGAUGGCAUCAAGAAAAUUCCUCCUAUGUUAUGCUCUAUCUUGGACUUCCUUUAAUGCUUUGUUUUGUUAACUUUUUUAAGCAAUGUGCCAUUCCCGUAUCUGUAAAAUUAGACUCUUAUGUUCAGUUGUUUUUUAUUUUGCUUAUCUGUGUUUUACUUUUAUUUUGCUUAAUUCCCAAGCUUUCUGUGAAAAAAGCAUUGCUUAAAUC